GCGGGCGGGACCCUCGCCUCGCCGGCUGCCGCGCGUCCCUUUGGCCAACUCCGCCGCUGGAAGUGCGCAAAAGGCGAGGCGCUCCUCGGCUUCCUUCUCGCGUUUCCCACCUACCCCCGUCGGGUCUUCUCCCUCUUUCCUAUCCCGCGACUGUCGGAGGAGGGUGGAGGGCUCCGGGGCAAGGAUGUCGGCGGCCGAAGAGCGGGGGUUGACGGUGCGCCCCUUCAAGCUGAUCGCGCUGCUCUGCGCCUUCCUGGCGCUGGCUCUGGAUGUGGCUGCGCUGCUGAGCCCGGCCUGGGUCACGUCGGAACGCUACUCGCUCUCUCUUUGGAAGGAGUGUCGGGAGCUCCUGGGCGGCUGGCAGUGCUUCUCCCCCCUCGGAAGUGAGUUAUCCCUCUCCAGCUGCAAUACUGUCAUAUUGUAGACUCUACCAAGAGAGGAGGAAGUAUAGGAAGAAGUUCACGCAAUGCUGCCAUCGUGUGGCUGAGCAUGACAAUGUGACCGAAGAGAUUGAUGGACUGUGAGAGAGUGAUUUAUCAGCCCUAUUCAGUACUGUCUUUGAGGCCAGGGCUGUGUUUCUCAACCUUUGCAAUUUUAAGAUUCCACAAUUUCCCAGCCAACCAGCCAGCCAGCCAGCCAGUUUUAAUUUAUGGUAA